GGCGCAACGGCUUCUCGACAUAAAGCCGCCGUCGACGUCUCCUUGUCGCUCUCCAUGUCUCCUCAAGCCACGGAAACUCUGCCGCAAUCGUGACAGCCGGACAGCCCAAGGCAGGCGGAGAAGUAAAUGACAAGAGUGAGAAGGAGGAGACGCCAGCACGUCCACCUGUGACACCACAGCCCGCCGUGCUCGCACAGUGGCCAUCAUGGUCGUCAUCGUCAACAUCGGCAGCCGCAGGGUACAGGUCACCGCCCAGCCUCUGUCACACGAGGCCUUUGCGCCAUUUGGCAGCGUCAUCGCCAACCCGCGCGCCGACGUGCACCCAUCCGCCUUCGCCGCGCACGCCGCCUCGCUGCCCGCCAACGCCUUCUCCGCCAACCAGGGCUCCGCCAUCCAGUACCGCAAUGUGAGCCGCGUGCGCAACCUGUACGCGCAGGCGCCCAGCGGCGGGCCCGGUGAGCCUGUCUUCAGCAUGUUCGUCUGCGCCGCCCGGGAGCUGGCCCCGGCGCCCGACAGCACCGAGAGCGCCCCGGAGGACCUCUUCGCCGUCAAGGUGCUGGAGCGCCACCCCUUCACCACCCAGACCUUUGCCCCCGUCUCUUCCUCGGCUGAGACGUACCUCGUCGUCGUCGCCCCCAGCCUGCUGCCCAGCGAGGCCGAUGAGGGCCUGCCCGUGCCCCAAGCCGGCCACGACCUACCCGGGAGAGGCUUGCCAGAUUUGAGCGGCAUGGUGGCAUUCGUGGCGACCAACGCCCAGGCCGUCACGUAUGGCGCAGGCACAUGGCAUGCGCCCAUGGUGGUUCUUGGGGAGGAGGGCACGACGCUGGAUUUCGUGGUGUCACAGUCGAUGAGUGGCGUGCCCGACGAGGACUGCCAGCUGGUGGAGUUUGUGUCGGAGGACGGGAGCGAACCUCGGAUUGAUGUCAGGAUACCAAAGGGAAGGAGGGAAAAGCUAUAAAAUCAUAAAGGCGAUUUUCCCAUAUUUUAUGUCAAAUUGAGAUAGAACCAGCGUCAGCUUAGAAUUUGCUGCUGUAUUCGACUUGGUCUGGUGAGCGAGGUUGAGCUGAGUGUGCAUGCAAUAACUCCACUAAGAUGACUUGUCUCUUACACAGGCCGCAAACUCCAUUGACACCACGAUAUCGCAGCACAGUGCUGAGACCUUGACCACGUUUGGAAGCCACGUUAACUAUCUAAUUAUAAUCCAC